CCGUGUUCCGGGCUGAGCGCGGCCUUCAUCUGCUGUCCAGGAAGCCGCCGAGUCUCUCUCUCCCACAGACAGUAGCUAACCCAGUAAAAUGGCCCAGAGCACUCUGAGAGGGAAACGAAGUGUUCCCCUCACUACCUCCAAUGUACUGGCAGUAGUGAGGGAGGUGAAGAGGUGGUGGGGUGAAUGGGAGAGUCUGCCAUUGACAUACUGGCUUCACAUACCUGAAUCAAAGCAGAAAGAGAUCAUGGCCAACUUCCCAGAUGAGAUGGAUCAAAAGCAGCAGGCUAUAUCCUACUGGAUCAAUACCGACCCUCUAGCCAGCUGGAGGAGACUCAUUAUUGCCCUGGACAAGAUGGGAGAAACGGAGCUGGCCGACUCCAUAAGAUCAAAUGCUGAACCUCUCACUGAUGACAGCCUCACUCCACACUCUGUAGCACGUGCUGUGGCUAUUGUGAGGCAGUUCUGGGGCAUUGAGUUAGAGACUGGGCUACUGGAGUGUCUUGGUGUGCCCGUGUCAGUGAUGAGUCAGAUCAGAGACAGUAGAUCAUACUCAAGUGAAGAAGAGAAGAGAGUGGCUGGUCUGCAGUACUGCCUCCAGACUGUACCUGGUGUGUCGUGGGGGAGGAUAGCUGGUGUGUUAUGGUACCUGGAGGAGCACACGGCCCUGGAGACUGUCAGACAAUACCUACCACACACACAUGAUAUCAGCCUCACUCUCUACAACCUGACGUCAGCUCUGGACUCAUUACAUGACACACUGUGGUGGGACUUUGGUUGGGAGAUGGAUGUGCCUGUGUCCAUACUGAAUAAGAUAGAGUCUCAGUUGUCCGGUGAUAAGGAGAGGAAGGCAGAACUGCUCAGAGUGAUUUCCACUGAACAUCCUCACCUGACAUGGGAGCAUGUGUCAGAUGCCCUCUACCGGCUUGGAUAUGGAGAGUAUCACCAUGUUCUUGAGAGAGUCCAGUCCCUAUUCCCCACUGGAAGAAGACGUGCCAAGAAGAUCUACCAAGAAGAAAUGAAGCGAGGAGUCACCAAACGAAAACUGACUAAACUUGUGAUGGUGGGGAUUGCUGGCAGUGGGAAAUCAACGUCUCUACAGACAGUGAUUGGGGAGGAGCCACUGGCAGAAGACCAGCGCACCAGCACAUCACUCCUGACAAGACCCGUCCAAACAGAGGUGGUCGUCGUCCACGACAAGGUCCACUGGAAGAAGAGGAACCCGGAGGAGAAGAAGAAAUACAUUGCCAGCCUCCUGCGAGAGCGGGCCCAGCGACUAGGCCAAGCCUCUCUCACCAGCCAAGACCCAGCGUCCCUCCCCACACCUGCUCCGUCUUCCCCAGCCCAGCCCUUGUCUUCAACCCAGCAGUCGUCCUCAGCCCAGCAGUCAUCCACAGCCACACAGCCAGUGAAAACCACUGGCAGUCCCACCACAAACACAUCAACAGCCAUUCCUGACAGGUCGUCCAGAGCAACCCCAGCAGAGGGGACACUGGAGUACCUGCUGCAGUCAUCUGAGGAGGACCAAGAGUACAUCUCCCUCAUCAACAUCCCCAGCGACUCUCACGAGACGCUCCUGGACGAGACGGUGGUAUACGUCGUGGACAGCGGAGGACAACCCGAGUUCAUGGAAGCCAUGGCCGUGUUCCUUGGCGAGACUUCGGCCUGUGUGUUGGUGAUGGACCUGUCACAGUCGCUGGACGAACACCCUCAGACUGGCUACUGGCUCAGGGGCAAGGCCGUCUCCAAGCCCUACCGCUGCAUCCGAACCAACGAAGAGAACCUGAAGAAGUUCAUCCAAACCAUCAACACGUUCACCUCCAAAACGAAGGGGCCGCCCUCGAUGCUGCUCUUCCUUGGCACCCACCGCGACCUGGCACACAAAUGUCUCCCCGAAACGGUGGCAGACAAGAACGAGCGACUGAAGAAGCUGAUCCCGGCAAAGUUUGAGAAGCAGAUCAUCCAGCUGGACAAGAAGACACUCAUCUUCGAGAUCAAUGCCCUGAAUCCAGACGACACGGACAGGAAGACGGCGGAGAAGGUUCGGAGCUACAUCUUGGAGCAGUGCCCGGCAAAGGAAGUGGAGAUCCCGGUGAGAUGGGACGCCUUUGAGGAGAAGCUGCGAAGCCUGGCCAAGGGUCUGGGGAGGCAGGUGAUGAGUCGCAAGGAAUGCUGGCGUGUGGCGCAGUCUCUGGGACUGGAGGAGAACUCCUUCAACGAAGCCCUAGACUUCUUCCACAACUGGAGCCUCAUGUUUUACUUCCGCGACAUCCUCCCCGAAGUGGUGUUCAUCGACCCUCAAGUCAUUCUGGACAAGGUCUCGGAGCUGGUGGUGUUCAUGUUUGAGUUGCGAGAGCCGGAAGAGGAAGACAAGACGUCACCAGACGAGGCAGCAGGCGCAGCAGCCGAAGGCCAGACUCCUGGACCAGACACUGACAAGCCAGAGCCAACCUCCACCAACACAGACGGCACGACUCCCGAGAAAGCAGCCGCCACCUCCUCCCAGACAGCAGACGAGUCUCUCCUCCCUCCAGGCUGGCAGCAGUUUGAGAAGUUUGGACACGUGACAAAGGCCUUCCUGGAGGACAAGCGAUUCAGCAGCCACUACCACCGCGGGAUCUUCAGCUGCGAGGAUCUGAUCCACCUUCUGGAGGAGCUGCUGGUGUUUGCCAAACUGGAGAGUGAGGAGGGUCCAGAGACCUGGUUGAUGCCGAGUGUCCUGAGACAAGUGGCGGAGGAGAAGGUAAAGGAAGUGUGCGUGUCGGCCGGUCCCCUAGUGGUAGACUUCCCCGACGGAGGUCCCCAGAACGGAAUCUUCUGCUCACUGAUGGCCCACGUCCUGUCUCCCCAGCACCCUCACCCCCACCCCUGGAAACUCUGCCUCUCCUCCAACCUGCCAAAGUGUUUGUAUCGCGACUGCAUCCAGUUCCAUGUUCCAGAUUUCGGUUCCGUCACUCUGGUGGAUCGCUUCCAGUACUUCGAGGCCCACGUCUCAGACACAACUAGCGAGGAAGAGGAACAGAAACUAUGGCAACACGUCGGCAAAUCCAUCUUCAACGGAAUUGAAACGGUGUCGGACAUGCUGGGCUACUCCAACAACAAGCCACGGCCAGCCAUCAUCUGUCCAAAGAGCCACUCAGACAAGGCCCACACAGCCUACAUCAAGGACGGAAAAUGGAACUGCACCAGUGACAUGGGUGUCCGUGGGACUCUGGCAGAGCUGGGCACUGUGCUUCCCUGGUGUGACGAGGCUUGCAAACAGCAGCAGUCAGCAGUGGCAAUGGCAGCAACCACACCACCUCCUACCUCUCCAGAUAGUACACAACAACUAGACACAGAUGAUCUGUUUGAAGUUGUUUGUGAACUGGACGACGUGGCCCACAUGUGGAGACCACUGGGAACUGCUCUCAGACUACGACCUUCAACUCUCGCCAGAAUCAAAGCUGAUCACCAACAAGACUCUAGGAGCUGUCUGUCAGAGAUGGUGACCGAGUGGCUGAACCAGUCUUACAACACGGAGCGUUUCGGACUGCCUUCGUGGAAGAUGUUGGUGGAGGCAGUGGCCCAUCGCAAUGGGGGGAACAACAACGCCCUUGCCAUACACAUUGCCACCAAGUACAAAGUGCCAGCUCCAGCCCAGAACUGAGUCUCAGGAAAUCCCAACAUUCUCUCCAGAACCCCUCCUCCAGUCUGCUAGGACUCUCUCUUUGGACACCCCUCGGAUUUUGAUUGCCUCGGAUUACAUAAUAACAUUGACGUAUGGACUCUGUAGCUAGUUAGAAUGCUGUUUCUUAGUUGUGAGGUUAAAUUUUCAACACAACACAGCAAGCAUAAUUGGCAAGUGGAGCAAGUCUACCUAAUCGUCUUUUCCACAUUACAGUUGAACCUCCGAUAAGGGACCCUCCGAAAUAGGGACAACCUCUUUACAAAGGACACUUGUUUCAAUCCCAUGCUAAUACUUUAGUGUAUUAUUUGACCUCCGAGAUAGGGACGACCUCUCUACAAGGGACAAAAUCGUUGGCCCCAUAGUGUCCCUUGUUCGGAGGUUCCACAUUAUUAUACGGACGCUAUUGCACAUAUACAGUAAUGUUUUACGUGAAGGAGCGUAUGUCACGUGUGACUCUCGCAUUCGCUCACCAAAAAUGUGUUGCGUUGUUCUACGUAGUUAUGAUUCUAAUUAGGGAGCACCACAUGCCCUUUGUUGCAGUUGUGUAAACAUAGAAAACAUGUAGGGGAGGAAAUCUUUGUUCUUUGUCUGCGACAUUUUGUGGGUGUAAACCUUAAAAAAAUUAUCUUCAAAAGUUUUGCCACAAACUUUCCCACCAAACUGCAAGUACAUAUGUUCUCCCUCACAUGAUUACAAGUCUCACUAUAUUAUUAUAUGAAAUAAAAAGCAUACAUCCUACAGAAUGGUAUAUGACGCCAGAUAGUUGCUAUAAUGGUAAAAAAAAGAAAACAACUGAUGAUGAAACGUGUGUGUCGUCAUUUGUAACACAAGAAACCUUUCACAAACGGUAGAAACUGCUCGAGGUUCUUUCUGAAAGUGAUUUUGGAAGUUCUCUUGGAGUCCAGAGGGAGAGAGGGAGGAGUGAGGAGAGAGAAGGCCUCCAUGAGCCUGCUCUGGUUCUGGGGAUCUGACUGGGAGGAGAUGAGGGAGUUGGCUAGGGACAGGUAGCUUUCCUGGUGAGGGGG